AUGCCGUCCAUAGUCAAUCUCAAGUUCAAGGGUAACAAGUCUUUUGUUGCUUUUAGCAACUUGAGCGACACCGAGUCACUCACAAAAACUUGGAAGGUAUGCACCAAAGUAGCCUCAUACCUCGAGCAGGGUCAACGCCUCGAGAACCUUUCAUGGCGACUUUGGCACUUGCAGAACUUAAUGGUCGACACCGACAAUGCGAAGUCAAAACGUGAAUUCAAGAAGUUGUCAAAGAACAUGGGUGAUAAACUCGACAAGGAGAAGGGCCGCGCUAUCGAAUCCCUCGAAGCACCCGACUUCAAACGUAAUGCUUCCACUGACCUCAUUCGUCAACGAGCAGUAGAACGCGAACGCUCCCGAGAAGCUUCCCAGAACGCCCGCCCCGGCACCAUUAAACGCAUGCAAUUCACUUUCAGCGUCGAUGCUCCCCCCGGCUCUUUCCCCGCUUCUUCAUCAUCCUAUACCUCCUUCUCUGGCGAAUCCUCCAGUCCAACAAAGCCAGACCUCAGGCCUAGUGCCGAGUUCAGAGAGGGUCGCAGGCGCAGGAGAGGUGACGGAACCUCCGGCACUAACCAUCCCUCAUCCGACGCAGCAUCUAAUUCUUCAUCCAACCCCAAUGGUGCUUCCUCUUCGACGACGCACGACUCCUCUUACGAAAAAUUUGUCGCCUCUUAUGAAAAACUCCAUUUCCCCCCCAUUUUUAGCACCUCCUUUGGCCCCACCGCUAUCCUAUACUCCACCCCCACCCUCACUAACCCCAUGAGCUAUGGGGAAGGUGUAAGCGGUGGCUGCGCAACCGGUUUCAGUAUCUUUCGUCCAACCAUUGAACUCCCCCUAGACGAACUCCUAGGAGAGGAUUAUGACGCCGAAGAUGACCGAAUGGCCGACGCUCCCCUUACCCAGCCCGACGACACGAAAGAAGACGGAAACGACGAAGGCGACGUCGACAUGCGCUACGACGAGUACACUAGCAACACCAACCUCCCCACCCAAUCCGAGGGUGAGUUCCUGCUUGGCGGGUCCGCAGCAGCAGGCCCUGCCGAGCAAGACGUCCUCAUGAGCGACUCUCGUCAGCAGCACUCCCAACAGCCCUCCACACCUGACCCGUUCCCAGUCCCUCAGGUCCCUUCCCAUUCCCACACGCACGCACAAUCUCACCCGCGCACUCGCGGUAAGGACCGCUCAGGCAAGACCCCAACCAACCGUCCGGUGCUCACAGUGCAGACGUCUGCGACCAAGAAGACAAGCAAAGCUGGGCGGCGUGCUUCUGGGAGCGUGAAGAGUCCCUCAUCUGCUGCCCCAUCAGCGUCUGCGGUCAAGCACGCUGCUGCUGCUGCUGCGACCGUGAAACCCACUGCGUCUGCGACAGUUCCUGCCUCCGCUACCGCUACGAGCCUCAACCCGCUUCUCACCCUUGGAGGCGUUGCACCAGGCAGCGGCAAAGCAACGCUUACUGCUCCAGGCGGCGUCAAAGCUGAGUGUAGCAACUGCGGUGCUACUCAUACCCCACUAUGGCGACGAGGAUUGAACGACGAGUUAAAUUGUAACGCUUGUGGGCUCUACUGCAAACUCCAUAAACGCCCGCGUCCAAAAUCCAUGCGUGCUAGUCAUGGAGAGGGACGACGCGGUGGGGGUCAUUUUUCUAAGCUCGACUUUGUAUCUACAGGCAGCGCGCAGUGCUACAACUGCCACACGACCGCAACGCCUCUAUGGAGGAAGGACGACGAAGGCAAGACCGUUUGCAAUGCAUGCGGCCUCUACUACAAGCUCCACGGCUCGGCACGCCCCAUUAGCAUGAAGUCAGACAUCAUCCGCAAACGCUCCCGUCACGAUGCACGCGCACAGCGCUCCUCUCUCACCGAACCACCAAGUGCCUCUAACACACCAGGCACGCCCUCCGAGACGCCUUCCCAGACCCAAACACCCUCCGCGUCCCCAGGCGUCUCACGCCGCCCUACGCCGUCGCCGUCGCCCAUCCUAGCGCCAGACAGCACAACACAGCCCGUUGCCUCGCACAGCAUGAGUGCAGGGAUGGGCGCAGGCGCUGGUAUGGUGGGUACGGGUAUGGGCGGGAGCAGUGAGUUGAUGGGUGCGCUGGGUGAUACAUAUGCGGUGUAUAACCCCUUCCCUGGGCCUUACCACCCGGACUAUCUGAGCCAGAACUGGGUGCCGCCUAGCAUGGCUGGCGGUAAUGAGGCGCUGCCGUUUUCUGGAGUGGAUAGUAUCGAUGGAGAAGCGGGUUCGAAUGCGUCUUCCUCUAACGCGUCUCCAAAGACUAAUAGUAGUGGGAACGGGAACGGCUCCAGCAAUAACAGCAAUAACAACAACAGCGCCAACAACAACGCCACGAAUGUCAACAACAACACGCCAGGCCGCACUGCCAAGCGCCGCCGCAUGAGCACAGACAGCGUAUCCGAGCCGCCCAGCAGCGCAGUAUCAUACUCCUCGUACGGCGGGGACAGCUUCACGACGGGCUCAGGCGCGACGAGCGCCGGUACGUCUUCAUCUUCGCGGCGAAGCAGUAUGGACUUUCCGUUUUUCAGCCCGUAUACCGUGUUUAGGGGGAACGGCAACAAUGCGUUCUGGCACCAUUCGAGCAGCGGGGGUUUUGUGCAUCCUCCGAUGUUGCCUGAUGCUGUUGGGGGAUCUGAUGGACAUGGACAUGUUCACGGGAAUGGGAUCGGACGUGGUGGGCUUGGGCACGGGCUUGGACAUGGUCAUGGGCAUGGGGGGCAUGGUGGGCACGGGAUGGAUUUCCUGCACCCGCCGAUGAUGCUUCCGCAGGAAGAAGAAAGUUUGUUUGCGACGUAUUUGCAUCCGCCCAUGAUUCUUCCGCAGGAGGGGGAGCAGGUGCAGCAUGGGUAUGAGUAUGGGCAGGGGGAGUAUUAUGAGACGGGUGGGAUGCAGCAGUAUUAG